AUGUCCAAGCGUGUGACUUUGUUGGAUCCCCCUCCGCGGGAUCAUUCUAAAGCGCUGAUCGAGAAUGUCCUUGACCUGACUCCAGUGGUGGACCUCGGCCCAGAUGUCUUCACCAACACCCGACCACUAUGGCACCCGCCCGGUGCUCGUGGAAUCUACGGCGGUGCUGCGAUCGCGCAGUCCUUAUCAGCCGCCAUGCGAACAGUCCCCGCCGAUUUCGCCGUUCAUAGCAUGCACUGCUACUUCGUCCUUGCCGGUGACUCCGAAAUUCCCAUUUUAUACCAUGUCGAACGGGUACGUGACGGCCGAAGCUUCGUGACCCGUACCGUGCAGGCGCGACAGCGGGGCCGCCCGAUUUUCACCACCACCCUGAGCUUCAGCCGGGUCGGGAGCGGCGGCGAGAAGACCGCCGAUCACGCAUCGACCAAGCCUGAGGUAAAACUCCCGGAUGAGUUGGAGCCAGGUACUAUUCGAGCUUUGAGCAACGCGGGCGGUGGCCCGUUCGAGUCGAGAAAGGCGGGCAUUGUGAACAGAAGCUCGUCAAAUCCCGAAGACAAAAAAGUCCGACGAUAUGUUCGUGCGCGCGGCCCUAUCUCCGAAGGCGGCGGCUACCAAGCACAUCUGUCUGCACUCGCCUACGUUACAGACAGCUAUUUCAUUGGUACAGUCGCCCGUGUUCACGACAUUCCCCGAUUCUCCUCCCCGGCAGAACUGCAAAAACUCUUGAAGGCACUCAAGAACCCCUCCGAUUUGGACGAUGAGGACAUCGCCAAGGCAUUGCAGGAGUUGAAGGAGGAGGAAGCUGCCGAUCUGCGCCGCCAGCUGGAAGGUGCUUUGAAUGAUGCCAACAAUUUCAAACCCAAAGAAGACCACAAGGAGGUCGGCAUGAUGGUUAGUCUCGACCACUCGAUCUAUUUCCACAACCCGCGAGCCUUCCGGGCCGAUGAGUGGAUGUUGAUGGAGUCGGAGAGUCCAUGGGCCGGAGAAGGACGGGGGCUGGCUAUUCAGAAGAUUUGGUCCAAGGACGGCCUGUUGAUCGCCACCUGCACUCAAGAGGUAUGUUACUUUUGGCUCCUAUAA